UCUCUUUGGACUUAGCUCGGUGUUAAAAAUUCUCUUCAAUCGACGUCGCCGAGCAUCAUCAUCCACGUCUCGUCAUCUCAUCUCACUCCCGGUACGACGACUCUCAUUCAGACAGAAGAAGAGGCACACUCCGCACCACGUGGCGAAGGGUAAACCGCCCUAGGCCAAUCCCUGCGAUCUAUCCCGGGACCGGGACCAGCAUCAUACCUGCAUCCAAACUGCAAAGAGCCAGCCAGGCGUACUCGGCGUGUUUAGAGGCUUCAAGAGAAAAGAAAGGCGUGCCGGGAGCUGCGACCUGCAUUCUCGGACUGCCAUCGGAGGCACCAGGAGACGUCCCCGGCGAUCCUGAUUAUCGAAUGAAUCACUGCAACACUGCGACAGAGCGGAGCCGACAGGUAGGUCGAUAACCAGACUCGCAGCGGCGGGUACAACGAGAUAAGAGGUUAUUCCCGAAUGCCGAACGGGCGACAAAACGUCGACGGUCUGCUGUCUCCAUCUCCCCCUAGUUGCCCGCCCGCCCACGGAACGGCCAUUGUCCACCAGAUACCAGACCGGCCCUGUCUAUCGCGGGACCCCUGCUGUUUAUUCCUGUGACCAUAUUCCUUAUCUCUUGGACGAUACCGGCUUGCGAUAAGUCUCACGACCGCAUCUGCCAGCCAUCUCGGCCAACAAUUUUUGGGCUGAGGUGUUGCGUCCAUAAGAGUCGGUCCAGCUUCAGUAAAACCUUCUAGGUGAACAGAACGGUGAGACUCGGUUGAGCAGCUCCAUAUUCAGGCCGUCUCGCGCACCGGCACUACGACUAAGAUCUACAAAGAGGCGUCUCAGUCUGCGUCUGAGCAUCUUUCCACAAUGGCCCUCGACAAGAUCCGCCAAUACCUGAACGUCGAGUACGCGCCGGGGGAACGCAAGCUCCUGAGAAAAUGUGACUUCUUCAUCUUGACCUUUUGCUGUCUGAGCUACUUGGUGAAUUAUCUCGACCGCACCAACCUCAACAAUGCCUACGUCUCGGGCAUGAAGGAAGAGCUGGGCUUCGUGGGAGACCAGCUCAACCAGAUCAACACUUGCUUUACUAUCGGCUACGUCCUCGGCCAAGUCCCCUCCAACCUGUCGCUGCACUACGUCAAGCCGCGCAUCUGGUUCCCGCUGAUGAUGGUGGUCUGGGGCGCGCUGACCAUGUGCACCGCCAGCGUGCACAGCCCGCAGUCCAUCAUGGCCAUCCGCUUCCUCCAGGGCAUCGCCGAGGCCUCGACCUUUGUCGGCACGCACUACAUCCUCGGCGCCUGGUACACGGAGCGCGAGCUCGGCAAGCGCAGCGGCAUCUUCACGGCCUCGGGCCUCGCCGGCACCUUCUUCGGCGGCUUCAUCCAGACGGGCAUCCACGCCAGCAUGGACGGCCUGCACGGCCUCAGCGGCUGGCGCUGGCUGUUCAUCAUCGACGGCCUCAUGACGCUGCCCGUCUCCCUCUACGGCUUCCUGUGCUUCCCGGACACGCCGCACACGACGACGGCCUUUUACUUCAGCGAGGACGAGAAGGCCCUCGCGCGCGCCCGGGUGCCCGUCGUCGUCCAGGAGGAGCGGUCGCCGCUGACGCUGCGGUUCGCCAGAAAGGUCCUCACGUCGUGGUACUGGUGGGGCUUCGUCGUGCUCUGGAUCGUCGCGGGCGAGACCGAGUCCUUCAGCACCAACGCGCUGCUGGGGCUCUAUAUGAAGAGCCACCCGGUCAACAAGUACAGCGUGGCGCAGCUCAACAACUACCCGACGGGCGUGCCCGCCGUAGGCAUCGUGUCGACCCUCUUCUGGGCGACGCUGACGGACCUGCUCGGCGGCAAGCGGUACCUCGUCGCCUACUUCAUCGGUAUCACGGGCGUCGCGACGUCGGCCAUGGUGCUGGUGGCGGCCCGGGACCCGACGAGCGCCGGGUCGACGACCGUCGUCUUCGGCGCGUACUACUGGGCGGGCGCCGUGUACGCCUGCCAGGCGACCUUCUUCGCCUGGUGCAACGACGCGAUGCGGUACGAGGAGGGCGUCUUCCGCGGCGUCGUGCUGGCCGGCAUGAACCUGGGGAGCAACGCCGUCAACGCGUGGUGGAGCAUCCUGUUCUACGGCGCCUCCAUGGCGCCAUGGUUUACCAGGGGCAUGUGGGCCAUGAUCGCCAGCUCCAUCGCCCUGAUCGUCUGGACGAGCGGCCUCACGUACCUGGCGCACCGGGAGGAGCAGCGGAGGGUUCUGAACGCGGAGGCGGAGGAGACGGGGUCGGUUGCCAAGAGGUCCGACUCGAAGGACGACGAUGCCGUUUGAUGCUGCUGCGGCUGGUAUGUGGAAGCAUGCGGGGAUGUACUGAGCAGGAGAAUAGGACUCGUUCUAUGCAUGAGUCGCUAGUGAGGGAAACAGUAGAUUGUGCCGACGUCCUCCAAUGUUCCGACGAACUGCUGUUAAAUCAGUUUCUGGUGACAGAGCACUUAGUCACUGUCGUCAAAAAGGAAUGGCCUAUCAAAUGCCAUCAACCCCCAAACCCCCCUGCCAACGUUAGUCAAUCCCAGUUGGAAUUAGAAGCUGUCGAAGAUCCCAU